AUGUCCUCGGCCGCAACCUCCAUCGCGCAGAAGCUGGACGCCCUGCGUAAUUACUCCGCCUGCGAUGUCUCCGACGCAUUACUCAAGAUCCAAAAAGUACCCGAGGGAACGGCACCCCGCGCAGGCCACCUAGCCGACUUCAGUAUCCCCCUAACCCCCACAAUCGGCCGCAACACAACAACCCCCAAGCUCAUCGCCCCCGCAUCAACCUUCAAAUUCAUCCCCAAAGCCGAAUCCGCCUCCUCAGACCCCACCCACGGCUUCCCCGCCGGCACGCACUGGGUUGAUCUCGCCGAGCCGGGUACCGUCGCCGUCAUCGAGCAGCCCCAGGGCCAGUACUGCGCCGUGCUGGGCGGUAUCAUGGCGGUGCGCAUGAAGACGCUCGGCGUGGAGGGCGCGCUGGUUAAUGGGCGCGUGCGGGAUUUGGAUGAGAUUAGAGAGUGUGGGUUACCGGUCUGGGCCCAAGGCACAUCAACCGUCGGCACAGGAGCCGAGGCCAAACCCGGUGCGCGCAACGUCCCCGUGACAGUCGGCGGGGGGGUGACUGUAUCUCCCGGCGACAUCAUCUUCUGCGACCCCCUCGAGGGCGUCGUCUUCAUCCCCCGCGACCUCCUCGACCAGGUCCUCGACGUCAUGCCGAAGCUGAUUGCCAUGGACGAUAAGGUGAAGGAUGCGGUGGGGCAGGGGAUGUCUGUGUUUGAUGCGUUUAAGCAGUUUCGGACGAAGAUUUAA